UAUGGGAUCGACCGUGUCCUAUAUACAUAUAUGUUGUAGCUAAUUGCAAGAAGCAUUUUGCAGCUGCAGUUAACCAAAUCCAAAAGAGCUCGAGCGACCUAAACCCUCAUAACCCUAAACGCGGGCCGUAGAUACAUAGAAAUAGUACCAUGAAUUCGAAUUCUAUACCGAAUGGCGCAAGCUUAAGGGGUGGUAGCAGGAGGAGAGUUCCCGGGAUACCUUUGAUCAACGGAGGACGGAAGGAUGACAGAGAUCACGAUCAAGAUCUUAUUCUGUUCCAGGAGUUGCAAAAGCGCGAAAAAGAACGCAAAAUCGUCAGCCUCCUCCAAUCUGUUUCUGACGAGUUUGAGCCAAAUGGAAACUAUCAGCUUUACAGAAUUGAGUCUGCCAAAAAGGGAUUUGAAAUUUUUGCCCAAAAUGACAAGAACGACUAUGAUUGGUUGAAAACACCACCUGCAACUCCUCUUUUUCCAUCUCUUGAAAUGGACACAAAUGGCCCUGAAUUAGUUGUUCAAAGGGAAAUACCAAUCAUUCAACCUCUUACGCGGUUUGCAGGUGGCAAUUGCAACACAGAGGCAGUUGAACCAAGAAAUGGGAGGCCCAAAUCUCCAAAACCAAAACCGAAAAUCCCGGUGAGAAGAAGUGUCACCCCGAGUCAAAGACGAAGCAGCUACAGCAGCACAGGCACAAGUGUAUUAUCCAAGGCCCAAACAAAAAACAGAACGACACCAGUCGCAGUUGAUCCUCGCCUGAACCAGAAACCAGCAACGAAUAUUAAUAUUAUUAGGCCAUCAGCAUCCGUUGACACAAGAGCAAAAAGAUCAGCAAAUUAUAACGUGGUCGGUGAAACAUCAGCUCCAGUAGAUUUCUUAUCCUCCUCGGACAUGGCAAUGGGAUUGGGAGGAGUGUUGAAGAUGGAAUAUUCGAAAACAAAGGCAACGGGGUCAGCAACAACAACAACUACUACAACUACUACUACUAGUAGAGGUGUCUCUGCUGCCUCCACUGAUCAUCUAAUUGUAGAUGGAUUUUCUAACGAGAAACCGGCUAAUGUGAGGACAGAACAACGCUCGACUUCUGCUACACGAGGAGGACGAGGUAGAACUAGUACGACCCCGACUCACCUGAUCCAGUCCAAAGCAGCUGCGCCAGCACCUGCUUCAAAACCAAUAAGGAAGCAGUCAUGCUCACCAAGCAUCUAUAGCGGUCGGAAAGUACUGGAAGGCACGAUCCAGGUUCAGGACAUUACUUCUAUGAAAAUUCACAGCAGCUUGAAUAAUACUCCAAGUUUAAAAGGAAGAAUUCAAACAGGAAACAAUGGAACCCAAGUUCUGGGAAGCAGAAUGGUGCAGAGAGUGAUGAAUGCUAGAAAAGAAGAUCAUAAAAAACCAAAUCCGCGGUUUCUGAUUAAUAUUAAUCAAAACUCUGGUUUUGGAAGAAUGCACGGUACUCAUGCCUAGCUAAGACUACGUACAAUGGGCAAUGGACAUACCUCCAAGAUCUUCUCAAACAUGCACAUGCAUAUGGAACGUACUUAUAUAUGCUGCUUAACUUUUUCAUGUUUUCAAUUUCAUAUCUUAGUAAUUUGUAUCCUAAAAAUCAGAAUGGUUUAUAUA